GGCUCUGGAAUGACAGGCAUUCCUGCGUGAAGGGAGCUGGCACGGACACCUAUUUAUGAGAACCAAGUGCCCAGCCAUGGGGGACAGGGAGAGCAGGACCUGUGCUGGACCAUCAGACACCGGAGCCGUGGCAUGAGAGUUGGGAGCUGCCUCACUCGCCAGGCUCUUUCCUCAUCCGAAGUGUGGCUUUAUUGUUUUAAAGGAUUGAAGUGUUCUCAGCGUAGACUUUUCCUCUCUCCCCCUCCCGCCUCUUCCCGGAGAGCUGCUCUGAACAGAAUCUCAUGGGGCAGCCGCACUUCUCGAGGCCGGUAAAUCCGGGUGCUUUUGCUGAAGAGGUGGAUCACGCUCCAGGUGAUGCCAGCAUGGGGGUAGAUGUUUUGGAAUCAGGUGACACCACACCUCCAACAAAGAGGAAAAGCAAGUUCUCAAGCUUUGGCAAGAUUUUCAAACCCUGGAAGUGGAGGAAAAAGAAAAGCAGUGACAAAUUUAAGGAGACUUCAGAAGUUUUAGAACGAAAGAUUUCUAUGCGAAAGCCAAGAGAGGAGCUGGUGAAAAGAGGGGUUCUGUUGGAAGAGCCUGAGCAGGACGGUGAAGAGCCAGAGAAGCUGAACCCACCUGCACUGAAGAACGGCCACACCAUCCCCAUUGGGGGCCCUGGGGUCUGUGACCUGCCCAGCCAGGAGGAAGAGGCCACAAAGCCAUCCAGCCUUAGGAAGCCUGUUCCAGUGGAGGAACCAAAGAAGAGGCAAGGCUCCUCCAGCAGCCACCCUGGGCCCGAACUGGAACCACCUCAGGAGCCACAUGUUCCCAGACAACCUCUACUUCCUCCAAAAAGACCUCCCUCCACUUCCCAGGAGGCGAACGAAGCACAGGCAAAGGAUACAACGCCUGCCAGCAGCACUGCAAGAACUGCCCCCUUCAGCACAGCCCCCACAGCAGCAAAGACAGUCAAUUCUGUAGCUGCCCCUUCCCCAGCCCCCAGGACUCUGCUCCCUGCUCCUGCCAGUGCCAACACUACUGUUCCCACCAGUACAACCAGCACAGCUCCUGCCAAACAGCCUCCCGUCCCUCCUCCCAAACCCGUCAACAGAAAUAGCAACUCACUAAUAGCUGAACUUUCCCAAGUAAUGACCAGUGGUACAGCCUUAUCCAAGCCUUCCCCUCCUCUCCCCCCUAAGAGAGGCCUCCUGCCUAACAACGUGUCAGAGGCUGUCACAUCCAAGCCCCCAAAUGACAGGACAGCGACAGUGAAUCGCCCCGCACCGCUUCCACUGCACGUGACCUCAGCUUAUCCACCACCCUCGCCGCCGCUGCCCACCCAUGUACCCCCUGAACCUCCACGUGUGGCCCUGCCCACCUCCACCCCUAUCCUAGACCCCCCGUGCUCUCUGGACCUGCCCAAGGAGACUCCUCCCCCUCCUGAAGACUUCAGGUCCGUGGAAGUGUCGAAGAGGACAGCAGAGCAAGGGUUUGGCGAACCCCACGUGCUGCCUCGCCUGCCCCAAAUCCCACUGCACAUUCGUAUCCAGCAGGCUCUGGCCAGCCCUCUGCCUGUCACCCCACCUCCCGAGGGGUCCCACAGGGCUCACUCGCUGCUCUUUGAGAAUGAUGGCUUCGGAGAAGACAACAGCACCCUGGGCAGGACGAGGUCCCUGCCUGUCACCAUUGAGAUGCUCAAAGUUCCAGACGAUGAGGAAGAGGAAGAAGAUGACCAGGAAGAGGAGCAGAAUUCAGGUCCUCGUGUGUAUAUUGGAGAUGUGCCAUCUGUCACAGUCAUCCCCAAACUGGUACCCCAGGUCCUCCCGGAGGAGCAGGAAGGAGACGAAGGGAUGAGCGACUCUGACUCGGAGGGGCCCAUCCUGUAUAAAGAUGAUGAGGAUGAGGAAGAAGAUGAAAGCCAUAACAGCACGCUGGCCAACAAAGUGAAGAGGAAAGAUACACUCGCUAUAAAGCUGGGGAACACAACUGCGCCACAGGAGGAGAAGAUCGUCUUCCCUCGGAAGAGCAAGGAGGAGUGGAACGAAAUCCGUCACCAGAUUGGGACAACGCUGAUCAGGCGACUGAGUCAGAGACCGACUGCAGAAGAACUGGAACAGAGGAACAUUCUUCAGCCAAAAAAUGAAGCUGACCGUCAAGCUGAGAAGCGCGAGAUCAAGCGCCGGCUCACCAGAAAGCUUAGCCAAAGGCCUACAGUGGCAGAGCUGCAGGCCAGGAAGAUCCUGAGGUUUAAUGAAUAUGUGGAAGUAACAGAUGCUCAAGACUAUGACCGACGAGCAGAUAAGCCGUGGACAAAGCUGACACCAGCUGACAAGGCGGCCAUCAGGAAAGAGCUGAAUGAGUUUAAGAGCUGUGAAAUGGAAGUGCAUGAGGAGAGCAAGCAGUUCACCAGGUACCAUCGACCUUAAUAUUCCAAGGAGGGAGCAAGAAACCGGGAGGCCUGGAAGUACUCUGCAUUCCUGUCCUAGGCAGUACAGUGAGGGUGGAACCUCGGCUCUUCCAAGAUUUGCCUUCCAAACAUAUCUGGAAAAGGGCUUUCGGCCGGGGAAGGGGAAUCCUGUCUGAAUGUAGCAUUUCACUGGAACAAACACAUCUCUCAUGCCAUCAGGCUGGAACUGACACUAUACCUCGUGUGGCUCAGCAAUAUGGCUCUGCCAGGAGACUGUGCCCAGGGGAACGACCCCUUCCUUCCCCAGUUGUACAGACUUGUCUUGGGAGUGCAAUUCCUCAUUUCCUUCUCCUUUCCAUGAGGAAGGGAGAAAAAAAAAAAAGGCAGCUCUAGUGUUGGGAAGCUGAGGAGAGCGUGUGCUCGGAAGCACGUGUGUGUAUAUUAGCUAUGUACAGAGAACCCUGGCAGACAACUGACAUGGGACUCGUUAUUUUGGGGGGAGGGUUUGCUUGUUUCUGUCAUGUCCUUAAUGCCCUGAAUCACUACUGACCAACAGUUUGUUGUCCUGGAAGGGAAUUGUAUAGAUAUUAACAUAUGCUGCAUCUUUUUGUAAAAAAAAAAAAAAAAAAAAAAGAAAAACAAUAGAUGUAUAAAACAUUUGCUCUGCACUCUCUCACACUUGCUGUGAUCUUAAUAACAGAUCUUGAGAUAUCUAGGCUUGUUUAACAAAUUACAGAACCAGGAAAAAUGACUGUUGCCUUUAAAAAGCUUUUUAAUUUGAGAAAACUGUGUGAGAGUAGUCAGUCCUUUUUAUUGUGGCUUUCUCUCAGAUCUUUUUUACUCUCCCAAAUCAGGGUUGAAGCUUGCCUUUUUCUCAUUUUUACAGCUAAACCUACUGGAAACUUGAAAAUUUCACUGUGUGGGUUGAAAGGAGGGGAAGAAUAGGUUUAAGAAGUGACCUUAAAAAGAUGGUAUUUCUCUUCUGAGAGAAAAAUUCGUCCUAAAUGUGGGUUUUAAAAAAAAAAUCUGGUAUGGGCCACUGCUGUAUUAUACACCAAACCGAAACCAUGUGAGCAUGCCACUGGGGUGGGAGAGGGGGGAAGGGAGAGAAGAACUUUGCCUUGUUCAUAGACCAGUGUGGCAACAUGCGGGCCCUGGCCCGGCGCCCCCUGGGGGCUCUUCCCUCGCAGCAUCCCCUGUUCAGCCGCCAUUACAUUGUAUAUCAGUCUCCUCAGCAACAGAUUUUAAUUAUUAAAUAAAAGUAUUUUAGAUCUUUUUUUUUUUUUUUAAACCCUGCUCGUGUGUGGUCGUGUCCUAUCAACUGAUCUCAGUAGGGCCGGGACCAGCGGCUCCUGAGGGGGUGGGGGGCGGAUCAGCCAUGGCGCCACCCCCCCUGAGGCCGCGGCUUUUCGCGCCUUUCCCACUGCGCGUGCGCCAACCGCCCUGCCAUCCAGUGCGCAGGCGCUGCUGGCCCCGCCCCUUUCGCCGCGCGUUAGCCCCGGCGCGCAUGCCCAUAGAAGGUUUGGCCCCGCCCCUUACCCGGCAGCGCACGCGCACUUUGGCACCGCCCCGCGCUCUAUAAAUACCGCCGCGCGGCGCAGCCGGGCCUCUUUCUCCCUGAGGAGCGCUGGAGCUGGUUCCACCAAAGCCUGUUUGUUUGCCUUGGUUCGCCCAGCUCGAUCCACCUCCCAAAAUUGAAAAUUUGAGCGGAGCAGGAUUUUUGAAGAUACUGCAGAAACUGCUGGGACAAAAUGACAAAGAAAAAUGCGCCUUUAGUGGGAGAGGGUGAGUAUAUUAAAAGAGUCUGCCCAAAUGAGGUGGCUGCCUAAGUCCUGUUGGUGCGCUGUGUGUAAUCAAAAUUAGUCACAGGGAUCAAAACGGGAUGGAACCAGGGGUUACGUGAAUGUAGUGGCCUUUCAAAGCUUGUGUUGGGAACACGAGAAACUGCUGUGUGUGUCCGUGCUCCCUUGGUGGGAUGUGCACUCCUGGAUUUUUUGGAGCAGGGCCUGGAGUUGAGUACGUUGUUGGUAAGCUGCAUGGGAAGGAAAGCCAAUCCAUGGGAUGUGGGAUUGGUUGAAAGGCACCUGGAAAGUCAAGGGCAGACUUGGGGUUGGCUGGCCCAGCAAGAACUAGCUGCUUUUGGGGUGCUUGAAACUGGGGAUGCAUGGGAAGGGGGAUAAAGGCAUGUGUUCUCCUGUGGACUAACUUGACAACCUUCCCAUCUGUUCGACCUCGUGGGGCCAGGAUGUUACAGGGGAGGUGAUACUGAAAGUGGAUGGGUUAUAGGACGUGGGUGGGAGCAGCAGUUCGUAUUCAAGCCCUGAAAUACAGCCGUACUCUUCUGUUGGUAUCUAAAUCCGUAUCUGGCUACAGUAGACAACUCAAUAAACUGAAUUUGCUUUGG